CAAACUUCUCAGAAGCGGUUGGGCUUAAAUCACUAAGCCGUGGGAUCUGAAGGGUUUCCGAUGCCCUCAGCUCCCUGAGUCAAGGAAGACAUGAUAAGUUCACCCUCCAGCAGCGACUACAGUGGCACAGAGGACUCUGUGUCUGAAUGCAAAUCCAACCAGAGCCUCUCGACUGGCUACUAUCCCACCCAGAACACAUUUUCCUACAGAGAGAUGGCCCCCUGUGAAGAGACAGCAUCCUGUGAUGAUAAGGCCUCCAUGGAUUCUUCCCUGCACCUCCUCCCUCCUAUCCAGAGUUCCUGGGGACCAGGGAGUGUAACGAGACUCUUCCGGAAACAGGAUCAGAUGGAGGAGGACCAGGAGCAGUACUGCAAGCUAAGCAUCUCGCUGGCCUGGGAUAUUGAUGGGAGCUCUGACCAAGCAGACUCUCUAGCUAAUCGGGACCUAAACAGCCACUGCCAGUGGAUGGAGAGGUGGCCAGAAGACAGGACGAAACUGACUCUCUGCAAACUGGAUAACCUAGUACAGAAACUCGAGACAUUUCUAGAAAAAGAAAAAGGUAGCCAACAUGACAGCCCUCUGUGCCCUGAAUCUACUCAGAAGGAAGACGUCCACCUGAUCAGUGUGCCCCCUCCACAUACAGCUUGGGUUAGGCAUGAAAAACAUGACAUUUGUCAAGACUUGCCCAAGCAUAAAACGUCAAAAAAUAAAGAUACCUGUCAGGCCCCAGAGAAUCCUCCAGGGCUACAGGAGGAUGAAGUUAUGCAGGAGAUAGGUCAGGCAGCCAAGAGCUCCCUGGAGACCUCCUCAGCGGCGCCCAUCUACCACCAGGAGGAUGGUUCUCACUCAUAUAGCACAUCCUGCCUAAACUUCCGGUGUGUCUUCCACUGGCUGAGGACACAAGUCUUCUCCCGACUGAGGAGAGAACGCUCUACCCAAGACACCUCCAGCUGGCACCAGAAGGCAGCAAGAAAGAUACAUUCUCUCAGAGGCAACAGAAUCCAACCCCAAGAAUGACUCAUUGCCUGACAGCCCCGGAUUUUUAAACUUUGGAAGCCCCUUGUUCGAUGAUCCCUCAGAGGUAUGUGCUGUCCUCUCCUCCACCUCACAAAUGAGGAAAUCAAGUCUGGGAGCACAUAACGGGAGUUUCCAACCUUCACACUCCUUCUGGACCAGCCACUUACUACAACCAGCAUGCCAGGGCACCUGAGAACAACAUGCAUGCGACGUUGGAACCAUGACCGUGAGUGGCAUUCUAAACCUGCUCAAUUCCUGCUGGAAGCGCAACCCAAACCAUCCCACCACGGUGGGAAGCUGGAGGAUACAGCCACCUUCUGCUGGAAAUACAACCCAAACCAUCCCGCCACGGUGGGAGGCUGGAGGAUACAGCUGCCUUCUGCUGGAAAGACAACCCAAACCAUCCCGCCACGGUGGGAGGCUGGAGGAUACAGCCGCCUUCUGCUGGAAAUACAACCCAAACCAUCCCACCACGGUGGGAGGCUGGAAGAUACAGCCGCUUUCUGGAAAUGGGGUUUGAGUUAAUGAAGAAUGAGUAAAACACACAUAAAAUAGACAAAAUGGAGGAAAAUACAGUACAAAGAGAUGUGGGGGGAAGGAAUACUAUCGAGGAAGCAAAAUACUACCUAAGUUUUCUAAGAAUUCAGCCUUCUGAAGUCAACAAGUAUAUUUUCAACCCAAGUCAAAGUAAUUCGCUGGGAGAAGACUCAGAUAACAGAGAUCUAUGGUUAUUGGGAGGGGGGGUGGAGACAGGAAUUGUUGAGCAGAGGCUACCAUUUUCAUCAGGUCCAUGCCUCCCCUGUACAGAAGAACAAACCCACCUCUUUAGUAAUAUGUCUGGCUUCUGCAUACUCCUUCUAACCUCUGGAAUUACAUGGCAUGCCAAACACCAGAAACAAGACAAUGAAUUUAGCAAUAGGAAAUAUUUCAGCACACCUCAUCCAUUUUAGUCCAAUAUGUUAUGGGUCCAAAUGAAGCAGGUCCUCCAAGGCUAUGUAUGUGGGGAAGGGAAGGGGGGCUCGUCACUGCCUGUACCAAAAGGAGUUAAGCGUGAACUGCAAGAGGCCACCAGAAGAAAAGAGUUUGGCUGAGCCCUCGAGUCUCCUAUAGAAUUACUAUCAUUUUCAAGAACAUGCUAAUCUCUCAUUAAUCAAUAAAUUUUGUGAUCUAUUA